UUGGAUUACAUGCAUAUGGUGUGCCUUGGGGUAGUCAGGCGCAUGCUGGUCUACUUAACUCGUGGCCCAAAAAUAUGCCGGCUAUCUGCGAGGCAGAAAGAUGCAGUGUCUCAAAAACAAAUUGGACUGAGAGGCAAAAUGCCAAGUGAGUUUGCUCGGCAACCACGUGGCCUACAAGAAAUGGACAGGUGGAAAGCCACUGAAUUUCGCCAGUUUCUUCUCUACACAGGACCCGUUGUGCUAAAAUCUGUGAUGUCCCCUGAAAGGUACAAGCAUUUCCUGUCCUUAUCAGUAGCCAUGUCAAUACUGCUGGAGUCGGAUGACAAGAUUCGAAACGCCUAUCUCCAGUAUGCUCGUGACCUCAUCAAACACUUCAUCACCUGCUGUGAUCUUCUCUAUGGCAAGACAUUCUCUGUGUACAAUGUGCAUGGACUAUCGCAUCUUCAUGAAGACGCCAGCCACUUCAAUUGCUCGCUCAAUGACAUCUCCUGUUUUCCAUUCGAAAACUACCUCCAACAGGUGAAGAAGGAUGUGAGAAGUGGGAGAAAUCCUCUCGAACAAGUGACCAGGCGUUUGACAGAGCGCGAACAUUCGGCAGUGAAAAAUCACAAAACUCGCCCCCAAGUGUUUAUUUCUGCGAAGGAACGGGACAGCUGUUUCCUCUUGGAAAAUGACAGAUUUGCCUUUGUUCAGCGAAAAAAUGCAGACGGUACCUUGGCUUGCAAAAUCCUUCACCAACGUCACACCUCGCCCUUGUUUCACCAGCCAUGUAGCUCUGCACUUUUAAAUGUCGUGUGCAUAGGAAGUGGUCAUGUGACGAUGAAAAAUUGCCUGCUGCGGGAAGAGGAUUUGUUCCGCAAGGUGGCUUUCCUCCCCCAAGAAUGUGGUGGUGCUGUCCUGAUACCACUUCGCCAUGGCCCGGAAAAGGCCAAUUAAAGGCAAUGUAUGCAAAGGCUGUCUGGAAGGAGGGGAACAUAGAGGAGGAGGGUGUUAUUCCAGAUAAAUGGAUCGAUAGGGAGAAAAAAAUAGUAAAAUGGCCACAGAUGAGCAGCACUAAAACGGAGAAAGCCAUGAAGGACAGGAUCACCCCACAACCUGACUGGUUGACCUUCCCGUUAGUUAAAGUAAAAUUUACAUCAGAUAAUCGCCGGGAAUGUGAAAAUUAUGACCUAACUAGUCAGGCGGAGGAUGACAAUGAGGAGGAUGUGUGUGUGUUGAAGAGGACCCGGACAAAGAAAAAACUGCCCGCUGAUUUUGUUAGAAAUGGACUAUCUGACUCUGACGAAGAGGAUGGUGACAGAGCCCUAGGUGUUGAGCUGCCCAACUUCCCUGCUCCACCGCCAAAAGUGCAGAAUACAGCUGAACCAGAUAUGUCUUCUCUAGGUGUCGAGUUGCCGACGUUCCCUGCUCCACCACCAAAAGUGCAUCCUACUCAGAAGAACACAGCUGAAUCAUUCUUGAACAUGUCUUAUAUAGCAGAAAAGCACCCCCCUCAGGACACGGCUGUACUAGACAACUCCCUCUGCAUGUCUAGUCCUGGCCUUGUGAAGGACACACUGUGUUUUUCAGGAUCUCGACACCCAGCCCAACGAAGGUCCAGGUCCAGAUCACAGCACAGAUUUGUCACCAGACGUAGGACCAGAUCUGGCAGCAGCAGUGAUGGUACCAGCACCAACAGUUCUGGCAGCAGCAAGAUCCAUCACAGACCAAGGCCAAAUGCUGAGAGUGGCGGCGAGAGAGCCCAUUCCACAGAGAGACGAGGAUUCAGCGGGACACCCAGCUCCUGGCGUGAUGGCAGCCCCCGAAAUCACAGACCAAGGCCAAAUGCUGAGAGUGGCGGCGAGAGAGCCUAUUCCACAGAGAGACGAGGAUUCAGCGGGACACCCAGAUCCUGGCGUGAUGGCAGCCCCCGAAAUCACAGACCAAGGCCAAAUGCUGAGAGUGGCGGCGAGAGAGCCUAUUCCACAGAGAGACGAGGAUUCAGCGGGACACCCAGCUCCUGGCGUGAUCGCAGCCCCCGAAAUCACAGACCAAGGCCAAAUGCUGAGAGUGGCGGCGAGAGAGCCUAUUCCACAGAGAGACGAGGAUUCAGCGGGACACCCAGCUCCUGGCGUGAUCGCAGCCCCCGAAAUCACAGACCAAGGCCAAAUGCUGAGAGUGGCGGCGAGAGAGCCCAUUCCACAGAGAGACGAGGAUUCAGCGGGACACCCAGGUCCUGGCGUGAUGGCAGCCCCCGAAAUCACAGACCAAGGCCAAAUGCUGAGAGUGGCGGCGAGAGAGCCUAUUCCACAGAGAGACGAGGAUUCAGCGGGACACCCAGAUCCUGGCGUGAUGGCAGCCCCCGAAAUCACAGACAAAGGCCAAAUGCUGAGAGUGGCGGCGAGAGAGCCCAUUCCACAGAGAGACGAGGAUUCAGCGGGACACCCAGAUCCUGGCGUGAUGGCAGCCCCCGAAAUCACAGACCAAGGCCAAAUGCUGAGAGUGGCGGCGAGAGAGCCCAUUCCACAGAGAGACGAGGAUUCAGCGGGACACCCAGCUCCUGGCGUGAUCGCAGCCCCCGAAAUCACAGACCAAGGCCAAAUGCUGGGAGUGGGAGUGGAAAGUGGGCGUUCCCAAUGCCGUGGGAUGUGUACCAGAAGAAAGUGUUGGGACUACUGCUUGACCUUCGCAAUCACUACAAGAUGGCACAGCCUACCUCGUCUACCGUCAUAGAAAGGAUGAACACUAUGGAGGAGUUUGAUGAAUCAGAAGAACAGCUGUCUGAGAAGGAAACCUUUGACGCCCUGGUGAAGAAAAUAGCAAAAAUUGGGGGGAAGACUACCAAGGACUGUGUCCACAAAGUUCUUGACGGCCUUUUCACCAAUACCCUCAUGAGCCAUUUCAACAUGAAGGGCAGGGGGAAAAAAGGCAAAAAACCCUUGGAGACCACCAGGAUUUACAGGGCAAUACAAGAUGGAGUCAUGCAGUUUGACCAGACGGCCACAGCAGAACUGAUCAAGACCUAUGCCCAAGAGCACUUGAAACAUGCACCGCAAAGGAGAGGAGGGGGGGGCUUCACAAGCCCUUAAUGAUGUUGUUGUUGAUGUGGUGGUGGUGGUUUUUUUUAAGGAAUUAAAGUAUUUCAAUCACAUUGA